GCAGGCGCGCGGUUGAAGGAAACGUGCGCGAGUGGUGUCCAACGUCUCUAAUGCUUUCAAGAGCACCGGCGGGAGCUGCGAUUCUUCCUUUCAGUUUAUCGUGGCCCCGCUUCCGAAACUUUUCACGCGUAUUAUUCUUCGCCGCGAGGGCGAAGGAAUCUCGUAAAAUUUCUCGUAGAAAAUUACGGUGGAUAGUGAAACACGUGUAAUCGUGUUUAUCAAAGAGUUGAGGGAAGAGGAGAAACCGAAUGGUUUCCGGGAAAAAAACUCGAAUACGAAGUGGCGAAGAGUUUACGUGUUGAUCGUUAAUGAUUCGAAUUAAUUGGAAUGAGUCGUGAAGAUAAUUGGUAGAAUAAUUGGCGGAAUAUCGAAAGUAAAAGACUUUAAAAGGUUAAAAGACACCGGUUGUUUGAUACUCAGCAUGCGAAUCUGUUUAGUUUUACUCGGGAAAGUAAAUAUUUAAAACGAGCGCAAGAGAUAUUGUUGAAACUACGCGUGUAAUGGUUCCAUUUGCGUAAUGUUUCUUUCGAUGUAAAUUUUUGAAAAGAACUUUGCCGAGUGGAUCGUGUGUGUAACGUAGUUUUUUUUUAAUAAACGUAAAUUCGUGCUACGUGAAGAAAUCGCGAUUCGCAAACAUUUUACAAUUACAUUAAUUAUUUCGUUCGUUCCUCCUCGAAAAAUUCGAAUUUUUUAAUGUUUGACGCGUUCGAUGACACAUUUCGUUCGAUGUAAACAUUUUAUCGCGUGCUCUGUCUAUCAAAAACAGUCAUCAUCAAUCAUCGUAUUACUUUUGCUUACUUUUGCAUUAUUUAUAACUUCCCGAAACAUUGAUAAAAUUCCCGAGGAUAUCGCGGAUACUUCCUUCAAAUUUAUUUACCCUUUUUUUGUUAUCUCGUCGCUGGGCAGAUAAAAUUAUUUAUCGUAGACAUAUGUACGAUGGUUAGAUCACAGAUACAAAACCUGUCGUGAUUAUACAGGGUGACUUUGAAUUUGAAUCAUAUCAAAAAAAAAAAAAAAAGGAAAGAACACUGAGGGAUAAGGAGAGCGAGGGGGAGAAGGCGAGAUUUCACAGAUUUAUUUUCCAAUUAGAAUUAAACAUUCAAAUUCUCGUUAUCGUAUUAUAUUUAUUAUUACAAGAUUGAUGGACGAUGAAAAUAAGUUCAAUGAGAAAUAUCGAGGAUUAAUCGUGCAUGCCAUCGUACGAAUUAACAGAAACAAUAUCUUUGAACUGAAUUUUUUUUUUUUAAAUAACCAUGAAAUUCCGCCUACAGUUCCACGCGAUAGACGAAUAAACUUUUCCUCGACUGGUCGAAAAAUUAUAAUUACGUAUAAAUUUUGAUUUCAUUCGACGUAAAAAACGAAAAGCGUUUCAUCCACGAAAGUGGGAAUGGCUUAAAUGUAUUAUUAAACGGAAUAACAAAGUUGUUGAAUUCGAUAUCGCUUUCCUUUCUCAAUAAUGCGCGAUGACUCGAUUAUGACUGACACGAUUCCCUUUAUAAUCGCGUAAUAAAAAUUUAUUUUAAUCGAACGGUGGCACGAAAACGGUACUACGAUAACAAAGUAUUAAACGUCGUCUCGAGUGAUCAAAAUACAUCGUCGAUCCAAUGAUCCUCCUUCCGAAACGAGCAAGCGGAAGUCGGAUGUGCCAUCCACCCCCGUCAAAGGAACAAAUUAUCCUCCGUGAAAUCCUAUAAAGGAGUUUGAUGGAUUGUAAAAAGAGAGAAAAUAAUAAAAUAGGCGAACGUGAACGACGGCUCGAGAAUGAUGAUAUCAACACCCUCCUCGUUGGAAUUUAAUAACUCGUACAACGAUGCGAUGAUAUUCUCGAACAUAAGCUACAUAGAUACCGAGGAUAUAAUUCGCCACCUCCUCGCCAAGUUUCAAGGAAAAACUAAUUACUUGCUGAUCGUCCUCUAUGUUUUCGUGAUGGCGCUCGCGGUGACGGCCAACAUUCUCGUCAUCGCGGUUGUUUUCAAGUAUCAUUACAUGCGUAGCGUGACUAAUUACUUCGUGGUUAAUCUGUCCGUGGCGGAUCUUUUGGUUACCACGAUUUGCAUGCCGGUUGCCGUCAGCCAGGCGGUCUCGUUGAAAUGGAUCCACGGCGAAGUAAUGUGUAAACUUUCCUUCUACUUACAGGGUGUUGCGGUAGCUGCCUCGGUUUUUACUAUCACCGCGAUGAGCAUUGACAGAUAUUUAGCGAUAAGAAGCCCCAUAGCAUUUCGACGAGUUUUCAACCGCAAGAGCACGGUCUUCGUUAUCAUAGCUCUCUGGGUGGUCGCUUUGAUCAUUUUUGCUCCUCUUCUCAGAGUGACAUCCCUUCAGAAUCCAGGUAUCAUGAUACUCAGGAACAUAUCCUUUCACGGGUCGAAUUUCGCACAAAAUAUCUCCACCGAUUUGUAUUUCUACAUGUGCUUGGAAGAUUUCAAAUCCGUGGGUAUCGAGGCCCCGCUUUUUGGCACCAUGUGCUUCGUGCUGGUUUACGCUAUUCCUGGUUUCGUCGUGGUACUGUCGUACAUCAUGAUGGGCCGUACACUGUGCGCCAGGAAACCGCCAUUCGAUUGUGACGGUGCCCAGGGAAGUGCCAGCUCGCAACAGAGUUUCAGACUGGUACGUGAGCGAAGGCGAAUCGCUUGGAUACUGCUUCUUCUGGCUGUGCUUUUUGCCCUCUGCUGGCUCCCGUAUAACGUUUUAAUGCUCUUAAAAGACUUGGAUAUAAUCAGUGUGAGAGGGACAGAGAACGGAGAAGCGGAAGGGUGGAACAAUGCUAUCUCUUAUUGCCUGUUUCUAGGACACGCGAAUAGCGCAUUGAAUCCCACCGUGUAUUGUUUUAUGACCCGUAAUUUUCGUCAGAACGUGACUGAGAUCCUCUGCCGCAGCCCCUGUGGGCUUACACGUGGAACCACUCAUCGAAGGGGUGCUCAAGGGACUGGAGUGAUCGAUGAUAUGUGCGCGGGCAGUGCCAGUGGCACGAUAAGACGAAGCUUACUUCGCAAGCGAAAAAUGUUACCUGGAUGCGGGUGUGGAUUGCCGAUCGGCGGCCAUCACGCCGUUUUAACCCUUCGACGAACGACCACCACCAGCUGCGACAGCUUUUACACGAGGCACAGCCCUCAUCGUCGUUGUUACAUGCUGCGAAGUCUUAGAGGAAGGCCGGACACGGCGAUCGGGCAUAUACAGUUAAAGAAAAGUCAGGAGACCAGUUGCGAGAAGAAGAGCAAGGCCGUUCAAUCUGCGAACACUUUGAUUAUCACGGACGAAAAACAUUGAUGAAAAAUAUUUUAGUUAAUUUAAGGAGUAACGAGAGAUUAGUGAGAGUCGAUUUCUUACACAGACACAGUCGUUACGUCGUUUACGUGUUUGUAAAUAUUCGGUUUGUACAUACAAAGAUCGAUGAUGUAAAUGGAAACAGAGGACUCAACUGGUGAUUGAUUAAAAUAGAGGAGAAUCAUUUCUCGAAAUAUUUUCUUUGGAAAUUUAUUAUAUAUGUAUAUAAUAAUAUAUAUUAGAUGUAGAUCGCACGAAUAUAAAGGUGAACGAUGAUCGAGUGAUGAAAUCGAGUAACAGUUCAGUUGGGAUGAUUUUUAAUCUUCUCGAAAAGAAAAGAAUAAAAUUAUUAUGUUCACGAAA